AUGUUACGGAUACCCCCGUGUGUGCCUAAGCGACAGUUCGUAGCAAACGAUAUGCGCAACGCGAUCGAGCGGUGGUGGGGAGCCGAGGGCUGGACAACUCCGGUAUAUCACCCGAGGGCCAACCCCGUCGAACGGCGCAACCAGGAAAUAAAAAAAGGUCUACGCGCUUUUCUCACCAACGGUAACCAUAACACAUGGGACACCAAAAUACCCCCCAUAUUAUUUUCGAUCAGGAAUAGACGCAACGUCCAGACAGGAUACCCCCCCUCGGUACUCGUCCUCGGCAGAAAGGGUAAACGACCGGGUGAUUGGGCACUGAGUAGGACAACUGCCGACCCGAUCGAACACAUAAAUAUGGAGAGGGAAAAGCGUGAGAAAGACGUACUGGACAUACCACCGGUAACAGGUGGCCAGACGCAAUCCACAUACAAAACAGGUGACACCAUUUACUACAAAGCGCUUCACCUGUCAAAAGCGCACCACAAAUUUCAUGCCGGUUUCGCACCAAAAUGGUGGGGACCGGUAAGACUGCACAAACGCGUAGGAAAAAGCGUGUUCCUCACGGACCAACAACCACCGCGCAAAAUUCACGUGUCAUGUCUUAAACGCGCGCCAACCACAACACACCCACACCCCAACACCACCACAAACAGAUAA